UAAUUCAAAACAUUUCUGGAGGGAAGACAACAAAGUGUGUUUGAGCAGCUAUUGGAACUUUAUUUUCAAGCAGAUAUCACAUUUCUAUCUGAUUUUCUACGGCUCUGUGCAGUUGUGCUUAUAGUUGUUUAAGCCACGUGCUAUUAAAAGUCUUAUUAGAAAGGCAUAAACAAACCGAUCAUCAUGCCACGAGGAAAGUACGCAAGCUACAAGGGUCGCACUCGCCAGUUCACCUCUCCCGAGGAACUGCGCCAGAAGUCAGAGGACGAUUACGACCAGGUCAGCGGCUCUGGGUCAGAUAGCGAUGAUAAAGAAGCAGCCAGGAAGGCCAAGUCAUCCUCCUCCAUAGCAAAGGAUGGCGCCUUGCAAAAAGCGACUCGCAAUCAGAAGUCCUCGUCAGAUGAGGUGGACAGUUCUUCCGAGGAAGAAACCGAAUCUCGUGUUGCCAAAAAGGGCGUGGCUGCACUCAUUGAAAUCGAUAAUCCCAACCGGGUGCCAAAUAAGGGGCCACAAAAGAUGUCAGCCAUUAUGCUCGAUCCUGCCAAGACGGGGCCAUCCCGCCGUGAUCGAGAGCAGGACAAGGAUCAGAGUGCUCGCAAGCGUUACGAGAAACUCCACGUCGCUGGAAAAACCACCGAGGCUAUGGCCGACUUGGCCAGGCUGGCUCUGAUCCGAAAGCAGCGCGAAGAGACCGCUGCCAGGCGUGAAGCGGAGAAGAAGGCAGCCAAUGUGGUCACCAAGAAGCCUUUUGCCAAGUAGAGAAUCCAUCUCAUAAAGCUUCCAUUCCCCCAACGGGAAUGAAUAAAUAAAUAAAACAAUUGCAAGAAAUAUGUGUGAAAGGGGCUGAAGUUAAUUAUUUAUUUAGCAAUCAUUCCAAAUUUUUAAAUUUUUUUAAAGCGGUCUUUUAUAAAUUCAAAUUAUACCAAAAUAAACCCCUUGUAUCAUAUUUUCUAUAUUAUAUGCUGCGUACUCUCUUUUCGCGCCACAUUUCGAUUUAUUUAUUUUCUACAUUAUAUCCCUACUCGACUAGACCAUUUUGCAUUUAGCGAUUUUUUUUUCACAGUUAUCGCUUUUAAUCCCACAGUGCGUAAAUCGCAUUAUGGCCAUAGAAUGUGUCAGUGAGAGCAUUUAGCCUGCUUAACGGAGGUAAUAGGCCAACAACGAAGGGAAAUCGCUUGGUUGACGCGGGUGGUGUGAGGCAGUGGGCUUCGGGGCAAAAUGCUGACACAUCUGGUCUGAAAACUGGAUCGUUGGCACUUUAUUGGGUUAAGUGCGAUGCAAUUGCGUGGCUGAGUGAGUUGAACGCAAUUUGAUUUUUCACUUAUGGGUACUUGCGAUUUUCCAGCGAUAUGCGAGCGAUUUUUAAAUCGCGCCAAAUGGGAAAUAUGCGCUGCAUAAUUUUGGGCUUUGACAAUUUAAGUUAUCUUCAAACAUUUUUUAUACUUGUUUACAGUGCUAAUGACUGUAGAGCUUUUUGUUUACCCUCCUUCGCAUUCUAUUCGCCUUUUUUAUAAGCCAACGAAAUGUUUUUCUUUAUUUGCCCAGUUGGCUUAUCUGCGCCGUGUCCAUGGCAUUUUCCGGCUAAUGAUCAAAGUGCUGGCAUCUCUACGAUGUCCCAUUGGGAGUUGUUACUUUUCUUCGAAUAUUUUCCCCUUUUUUGACAGCCCUUGGCCACUGAACAUCGCAAUGUAAUCGAGUGUAGACACAGCGAUAAAGUUAAAUGGCAAGGACGAAAAAAAGUGCCUGCAAAUUGGCCAAUGUGGCGGAUAGCUGUUUUUUUUUGGGCCGUGCUCUUUUGGCGGCUUUCGCAAUGGAGUGCUUGUGCUGAAUUAUAGUUUUGGCGGUGCAGGAUAAUUAAAGUACGGCUGCAGUUUAUAACGUUCCUGGUGAAAAAUGAUUUUCAAUUAUGUUCCGCAUUCGAGCCUGAACUAAGAACUACAACGCUCGAGCGCACCUGUGCACGCGCCUCAAUGCGCACGGCUGCGCUUUUGGCAAUCAUCAUUCCGUCUCCAUAUCCUUCGAUCCCCGCAGCCACCACUCUCUUGACUAAAAUCCUGUGCCCGUCGCCGUUAGUUGCCCUUUUUCCGAGUUGGCCACCUGCCAUUUUUGGGGUAUUAAAAUUGCCCAUGGAUCAUUUGCAAUUUUAACAGUUUUUCCAGUCUCUCCCUAUUGCUUCUUUGUUCUAUACUCGAAUAUGAAUGGUUGCCAUCAAGCGAAAAUCAAUUUAAAAUAUUUGGUCCAGAAAAAAAGCAUCUAGCCAAAAUACGAAAUACAAGCGGUAAAAUAAAAUAAUUGCGUAUACGCCGUGGGGGCUUAGUGAUUUUUGCUGGUUUUUCCGUUCAAUACGAAAAGGUGGCACAAAUUGAAUUAGGUUUGAAGCGCCUGCAAACGGAAUGCAAAAUACAUUUUUGUUUCAUACAAGUUUGCACUCUACGGUAAAUACAAGCCGAUAUGAAAUAUUUAACCUCAUAAUUCAAACACGCUUGGCAAUAUAUCCAGUUAAAUUCAAAACAAACAUUAAAAUUUCUAGUUAAAUUGAAUCGAUUUCUUAAAUUAAAUUUUUUUCCGCAAGACCGCAAAUAAGAUUCUGGACUCUUGCCGCAACGUAAGUGACAUUUUCAAAGCUAGGCAAUAAGCAAAACAAAUAAACACUUGCACUUUGGCCUUUGGUCAUCACAAAAAUUGAAAUACAAAUUUUAAAUAAAUUGCAUACAAAUGCGCUUAUUCAAUUUCGAAAACAACAAAGUGGAAAAUAAGAGAACAAGUUUUCCACUAACCGCAAAGCACUUGACACGCUCAGCUGCUGUCCAAUCUAAUGGACAACUUUUUCCAUUUUUUGUUUUGCCAUGAUGUCGGAUGAAAAACGACCCGAUGUGUCUGUGUAAGUUUGAGUACGUCCUGAUAUGUAAGCCUGAGUCCCCCAGAAAUCCACACACAGAUUCAAACACAAACACACACACACACUCAGGCAUUCGAGGCUAAAACAAAACGAUGGAAAAUGCCAAUAAAUGCAAAUAAAUGUAAGCUUAUUUCUCCUAGAUGGACGAGCUAGUUCCCUGAGCUCCGUGUGCUGGCUGCUCACUUUAUCCAUUCGCUCUUGGCUCUAUGCUAAACCAAUCAAUGUUUCGUGCAGUGUAAGCUGUGAGCAAGUAUCUGUGCGCUUGUUUGUCCUAUCUCAGUGUUGUGGGAUAAGCAAAAUAAUGACAUUCAGUUCAGAGUGUGCUAUAAACAAAGCCAAGAAUCUAUUGGCAAACAUUGGAAUUACACAUAAAACUCUAUAGGGCAAAGGGGGGAGUAAGAUAGAACGUAGAAAUAAAACAACUUUUGAAUUGUCUGACCAGGUCCCUGCACUGAUUUAUAGCUGCAUUACAUAUGUACUAGAUAAGAACAAAAUAAAAAAAACCUUAUUUAAAAACUACAAGUUUCGCAAAAUCUUUAUUUCACAAUAGAAAUGUACACUUAAACAGAACUAACCGAAUGGAAAAAAUACAAAAACUG